GCUAGGCUGGCUGGGGUGGUCAGGAUUCCAGAAGCUCACACUUAAAGAGGGCUAAGUGGAGGGGUCAGGAGACCGAGCGUGAGCGUACAGGAGGACGUCCGCGGAUUCGUCAUCGCGCACCCCGAUUCUCCGCCUCGGGGCUGCCCUUCUACUGCGUUCCGCUUCCUUGCGCCUUCAAAGCCCGGACGCACUACAGGAUCAAAUCUAGCUCACCUCCAAGCCUCCAGGGAGCGAGGUCACUGAGUCCAACGUCACAGCCGGCAAGCUGGUGGCUGUCGUUGCUGCGCGUCCUUGUCUUCCCGCGUCACCCCUGCCGCCAUGCCCGGAGGUCUCCUUCUCGGGGACGAGGCUCCCAACUUCGAGGCCAAUACUACCGUCGGCCGCAUCCGUUUCCACGACUAUCUAGGAGACUCAUGGGGCAUUCUCUUCUCCCACCCUCGGGAUUUUACCCCCGUGUGCACCACGGAGCUUGGCAGAGCUGCAAAGCUGGCACCAGAAUUUGCCAAGAAGAACGUUAAGAUGAUUGCCCUUUCGGUGGACAGUGUUGAAGACCAUCUUGCCUGGAGCAAGGAUAUCAAUGCUUACAACGGUCAGGAGCCCACAGAAACAUUACCUUUCCCUAUCAUUGAUGAUAAGAAUCGGGACCUUGCCAUCCAGUUAGGCAUGCUGGACCCGGCAGAAAAGGACGAAAAGGGCAUGCCUGUGACAGCGCGUGUGGUGUUUGUUUUUGGUCCUGAUAAGAAACUGAAGCUGUCUAUCCUCUAUCCAGCGACCACUGGCAGGAACUUUGAUGAGAUUCUCAGAGUAAUUACCUCUCUCCAGCUAACGGCAGAAAAGAGAGUCGCCACCCCGGUUGAUUGGAAGGAUGGAGAUAGCGUGAUGGUUCUUCCAACCAUCCCUGAAGAUGAAGCCAAAAAACUCUUCCCUAAAGGAGUCUUCACCAAAGAGCUUCCAUCGGGCAAGAAGUACCUCCGCUACACACCCCAGCCCUAGUCUCUCUGAGGAGCUGGGGCUGGAGCUGUUGGCCGAGCUCAGUGAGCCGGACAGUGCCGGCUGCCAGUCCUGUUCUGCAGCUGUUCCAUAGAAACAUCCUGGUGUGAUCGCAGCCAAGGUCUUUAGGUUGCUCUGCUACUGGCUUAUUAAAUGAAAAUGGCACUAAAAAUCUCUUGGGAUCCUUUACUCUGUGCCUUCACCAGCAUUCAACUCUGUUCAUAUACCUUAGCACUCUCCUCCGCUGACUUUCUCUGAAAUACGGUCUGUGUGAGAGGCUCAAAUCUUGGAUCUCUACGAGCUUUGGGAUCAGUGAGGUAGCGCGGUUGAAAAAGCCUGCUUUGCUCCAUCAUAGAAUGACUAUCCGUUUUUCAGCUGUUCUAAUCAAAUCCAGAACUUGAGGUUCAGAUUCCUCUGUGAUAGGUGAGUAUAUAACCCCAAAACUGAGAGUAUCCAGAUGUUCUUCACUGUUCGGUGUUUGGAUCAUAGCAGGGGCAAAAAACCUUUCAAUGCUAUACUUUUUCGGUAGAUAACUGAAGUGGGAUGAGCUGGGGGAAGGAUCUUUAAAUAUUUUGCUAUAAAGAAAACAUUUCAAUAAACUUCUGUCAAAAGAGGGAGGCUGUGGAGAAGGCUCCACUUGCCUGCGGGGAGGUGUACCGGGUGCCGUGUGCCUUUCAUACAAAGUAUUUCCAUCUCUCAGUCUGCUCUCCACUGAUGGACGCAAGCAAGGGCACGCCUCGGGAAGAGAGAAGAGGAUGGAAAAUGAUUUAUCAUAGAACUUUUCUUGCAGUGAGGGGAGUGGGGCUGUUUCUGAUUCUUGGUUUUUUGGGGAUCCGCAAAUAAAUCCUUUGCUAAAACUGAA